CAGGGCUCCGCCCUCGGGUCGGCGUCGCAGCCGAGCCCCUGCAGGUUUCAAACCCGCCCUGCGCCCCCUGGUGCGCACACUCAGUCCGACCCUGCCUGCGCACCGCCCACCCGAGUCCUUCUGCCCCAGCGGGUGUGCUGGCGUGGGAAACUGAGGCAGGGAGUGUUUGUGAGUCCGUUCCUUCCUCAACUCACACCCUAGGGCCCACAAAGCUACCUCCCCCUGCUCAGACCCGCAUGGAAGGAAAGGGAAGGAUAGAAGGAAGGGGAGGGGGUCGUGAGCUAGCAGGGUCUGAGGACCCGGUCGGUCCGCCACACUCAAGAUGGCGGCUGGCAGCGGAGAGGUCCCUCAGAGGCGGUACCAGCGCAUGCGUAGUGCGGAGUCCCGGCCCGGGACACAAGAUGGCGGGAGCGGCGCUGGGGAGGGCGAGGCGGAGGCGGCAAAACGGGCAGCCGAGCAGAACGUGUAGCCGCAUCCUUUCGAGUCCGCUUCGGGCAGUUGCCGAUGCAAGGAGUUCCCUGGGUCCCCGUUCACUCCACUGCUGACCAGCCCACCCACCUGAGCUGAGCCUUUCUGCAGGCCUCCCUCCCGCCUCUGUGGGACCCUGUGGCGUGGGGUCCAUCCAGCCAGAGAAGAAAACCCUCUCAUGCUAGCAUUGCAGACCCCAGAGGGUCCGGUGUGGGUGCUGAGAUGGCCAAAGAGAAUCACGGCAGCCCCCGGGAGGAAGCGUCCUUGCUGAGUCACUCCCCAGGCACCUCCAAUCAGAGCCAGCCCUGUUCUCCAAAGCCCAUCCGCCUGGUGCAGGACCUCCCAGAAGAGCUGGUACACGCGGGCUGGGAGAAGUGCUGGAGCAGGAGGGAGAACCGUCCCUACUACUUCAACAGAUUCACCAACCAGUCCCUGUGGGAGAUGCCUGUGCUGGGCCAGCAUGACGUGAUUUCGGACCCUUUGGGGCUGAAUGCGACCCCACUGCCCCAAGACUCAAGCUUGGUGGAAACCCCGCCAGCUGAGAACAAGCCUCGGAAGCGGAAGCUCUCGGAAGAGCAGCCAAGUGGCAAUGGUGUGAAGAAGCCCAAGAUCGAAAUCCCUGUGACACCCACAGGUCCGUCGGUGCCCAGCUCCCCUAAUGUCCCAGGAACCCCAACACUGAAGAUUUGGGGGACGUCCCCUGAAGAUAAACAGCAGGCAGCUCUCCUCCGACCCACUGAGGUGUACUGGGAUCUGGAUAUCCAGACCAACGCUGUCAUCAAGCACCGGGGGCCUUCAGAGGUGCUGCCCCCGCAUCCCGAGGUGGAGCUGCUCCGCUCCCAGCUCAUCCUGAAGCUGCGGCAGCACUACCGGGAGCUGUGCCAGCAGCGAGAGGGCAUUGAGCCCCCUCGGGAGUCUUUCAACCGCUGGAUGCUGGAGCGCAAGGUCGUGGACAAAGGCUCUGACCCCCUGUUGCCAAGCAACUGUGAACCAGUUGUUUCACCCUCCAUGUUUCGUGAAAUCAUGAAUGACAUUCCUAUCAGGUUAUCUCGCAUCAAAUUUCGGGAGGAAGCCAAGCGCCUGCUUUUUAAAUACGCAGAGGCUGCCAGGCGGCUCAUCGAGUCCAGGAGUGCCUCCCCCGACAGCAGGAAGGUGGUCAAGUGGAACGUGGAGGACACCUUCAGCUGGCUGCGGAAGGACCACUCAGCCUCCAAGGAGGACUACAUGGACCGCCUGGAGCAUCUGCGGAAACAGUGCGGCCCCCACGUCUCGGCCGCCGCCAAGGACUCCGUGGAGGGCAUCUGCAGCAAGAUCUACCACAUCUCCCUGGAGUACGUCAAGCGGAUCCGAGAGAAGCACCUCGCCAUCCUCAAGGAGAACAACAUCCCAGAGGACGUGGAGGCCCCAGAGGUGGAGCCCCGCCUGGUGUACUGCUACCCAGUACGGCUGGCUGUGUCUGCGCCGCCCAUGCCCAGCGUGGAGAUGCACAUGGAGAAUAACGUGGUCUGCAUCCGGUAUAAGGGAGAGAUGGUCAAGGUCAGCCGCAACUACUUCAGUAAGCUGUGGCUCCUCUACCGCUACAGCUGCAUCGAUGACUCGGCCUUCGAGAGGUUCCUGCCCCGAGUCUGGUGUCUUCUCCGACGGUACCAGAUGAUGUUUGGCGUGGGCCUCUAUGAGGGGACAGGCCUGCAGGGAUCGCUGCCAGUGCACGUCUUUGAGGUCCUCCACCGACUCUUCAGUGUCACUUUUGAGUGCUUCGCCUCGCCCCUCAACUGCUACUUCCGCCAGUACUGCUCCGCCUUUCCUGACACAGAUGGCUACUUUGGCUCCCGCGGGCCCUGCCUGGACUUCUGCCCGCUGAGUGGCUCCUUUGAGGCCAACCCCCCUUUCUGCGAGGAGCUCAUGGACGCCAUGGUCUCUCACUUCGAGAAACUGCUGGAGAGCUCUCCAGAGCCCCUGUCCUUCAUCGUGUUCAUCCCUGAGUGGCGGGACCCCCCGACACCGGCGCUCACCCGCAUGGAGCAGAGCCGCUUCAAACGCCACCAGCUGAUCCUGCCUGCCUUCGAGCACGAGUACCGCAGUGGGUCCCAGCACAUCUGCAAGAAGGAGGAGAUGCACUACAAGGCCGUCCACAACACAGCCGUCCUCUUCCUGCAGAACGACCCCGGCUUUGCCAAGUGGGGGCCGACAGCUGAGCGGCUGCAGGAGCUGAUCGCUGCCUACCGGCAGUCUGGCCGCAGCCAUGGCUCCGGCUCCUCUUCGUCCUCCUCCUCCUCCUCGGAGGCCAAGGACCGGGACUCGGGCCGAGAACAGGGCCCUAGCCGAGAGCCUCACCCCACUUAACACAUCCUGCGGGGAGGAGGAGCCCCAGGGUGCUGGUGCGGACUUGUGGCCCUCGGGCUGCCAAUGACAUAGGAAGACUACGGCUCUGCCGAGGCUCCCCUCCCUGCCCCACCCCCAACCGCCCACCUCAGACUCCAAGUCCCUGUAAAUAGGCCCCACCCCUUCUCCCCCUACCUGUGCCACCUUGUUUCAUUUGUAAAAGGAAAUACAAAAAA